AUGUCGCCUCCACCGCCCCUCAGCACGCCAUUAACCGCACUCCUCAACAUCCAACACCCCAUCAUGCUGGCGGGUAUGGACCAAGUAGCCGGCCCCGAACUCGCAGCAGCUGUAACGAACGCUGGGGGUUUUGGCACGCUGGGUGGCGCGAGGUAUACGCCGAAAAUGCUGCGGGAAAUGAUCGCGGAGAUGAAAGGGUUGUUGAAGGAUAAGAAUGCGCCAUUUGGUGUGGAUUUGCUAAUUCCGGCUGUUGGUGGGACAGCGAGGAAGACUAACUACGACUACACCGGCGGAAACCUCGGUGUACUCCUCGACAUAGUCAUCGAAGCCGGUGCGAAACUCUUCGUUUCAGCAGUUGGUAUCCCACCACAAUGGGCCAUCGACAAACUCCACAAAGCUGGGGUGUUAUAG